UUUGGACGACUCGUCUAAAUCUUGACGUGGCAUCAUCAGCAGCGCAGCUAGCGCUUGUCAGUCUCCGCCUUUAUCGGUCCAGCGCGGCGUAAAGUCUCUUUUAUGGGUUUUAUCCCCCACUAAUACAGCGCACCAAACAUGUUUACGUUCUCGGAACUCGUCGUGAUCCUCUGCGCGCUGUCUUACACGGCGAGCGGCUAUUUUGUGAGCAUCGACGCUCACGCGGAGGAGUGUUUCUACGAGCGAGUGAACUCGGGCACCAAAAUGGGCCUCAUGUUUGAGGUCGCCGAGGGAGGAUUUCUGGACAUCGACGUGGAGAUAACGGGUCCGGAUGGGAAGCAGAUCUAUAAAGGAGACCGCGAGUCCAGCGGGAAGUAUUCUGUAGCCGCUCAUAUGGACGGAACCUACAAGUUCUGCUUCAGCAACAAGAUGUCCACCAUGACCCCGAAGAUUGUGAUGUUCACCAUCGACAUCGGCGAGGCACCCAAAGGACAGGACAUGGAGACAGAGGGAGGUGGUGACAGCUGGGAUGCUCAUCAGAAUAAGCUGGAGGAGAUGAUCAAUGAGCUGGCGGUGGCCAUGACCGCAGUCAAACAUGAGCAGGAAUACAUGGAGGUCCGAGAGAGAAUACACCGCGCAAUCAAUGACAACACGAACAGCAGGGUGGUGCUGUGGUCCUUCUUUGAGGCUCUGGUGCUGGUGGCCAUGACCCUCGGACAGAUUUACUACCUGAAGAGAUUCUUUGAAGUGCGGAGAGUCGUAUAAAACCCUGCCUGUGUUCCACAACAUAAACGCAUCGAAUCCAAGAUUUGCCAGUUGUAUGAACUGGAUGUCCAAUUCAACAGAGAUGGGAAGAACUUGGUCGUCCGCUAGUCCACCAGUUUGUGUUUUAGUUUUUCUUUGCCCCAGUUGUAGUUCUCUUCAUUGUUUGUUUUGGUAAAGGGUGCGAUUUUGAAUAAUUGAGUUUAUUUUAGCCUGACUUGUUUUGUUUUUUGCUUUCUGUUUCUUCUCCAGUACUGUUACAAUUGCACAUGACUCUGAGAAUGAAGUAAAGGUGAUGAUGUGGUAUUGCCCCAAUACAAGAAAAUGGAAAUAGCAUGAUGUAAUUAAACCAUAACAUGAACAAUGCUGUGAGCGAAUGGGACGUCUGCGGUUGCUGAUAUAAGUGUCAUGAAAUAUCACUGCGAGCACAUUUCAUGUAUUUUCACUGCUCAUUAUCAGAUUUAGUUAUGCCUACAACAACCUCCAUGGCACAUAUUUAAACCCGAUGCUGGUGAAGUGUUUUUUUUUAUGUUUAGGCCCAAUUUUUUUCAAUCUCUUCACACAGGAAGUACUUUAUGUAGUUUUGUACUGUUUUUGUUGUCUAAACCAACUCUUACAUUAAAGAAAAUGCUAAAUAAUUUGGCUAAGACUACUGGUGAACUGAUGAUUAAACUGUAAAGCUCAUAAGUUCAACGAAUAUGUAUGUCAAAUAUGGAUUUGAUUUAAUAAACAUGAAACGUUCUUAAAA